AAAGUGUCUGAAGCAAACAGUGAUGGAAACAAAAGAGGAGAAAAAGAGGAGGAUUCUCAUUGGUGGACAUCGUUUCAGAAAUAUUUUCCGUUCGAUAAAAAAGCCGUGAUGAACCUUGCGGUGGGUGCAGCCGGCAUGGCCACAGCCUUUCUGUACUUUCACUUCAGAGGAAUCGGCGUCCAGAUCUCCUGGAAGGAUUUUGUGCAUCGCUUCCUGAGCAGAGGCCUGGUUGGUCACAUUGAAGUUGUCAAUAAACAGUAUGUCAAAGUGUUCCCCGCUGAUGGAGUGAACUCGUCAGAGGUGAGCUAUCUGUGGUUCAACAUCGGCAGUGUGGACUCAUUUGAACACAACUUGGAGAUGGUUCAGCAGGAAAUGGGUCUGGACUCCACGCAGAAAAUACCUGUCCUCUACACCAGUGAAAGCGAUGGAGCGAUCUUUUUAAGCAUAGUCCCAACCUUACUCCUGGUGGGACUUUUCCUUUUUGCGAUGCGGCAGGGACCGUUGGCUGGAGUGUUUGGGGGUAGCUUGAAAGGAAACCCCUUCAGAAUGAGUGAAUCCAAAGCCAGGGUUGUGAAAAACAUCAGUGUUCGUUUUAAGGAUGUGGCAGGAUGUGAAGAGGCCAAGCAAGAAAUUUUGGAGUUUGUCAACUUCCUGCAGAACCCAAGUCAGUAUCAUGACUUGGGAGCUAAGAUCCUCAAGGGUGCUUUGUUAUCAGGUCCACCUGGAACAGGCAAGACUUUGCUGGCCAAGGCCACAGCAGGAGAGGCCAACGUUCCCUUCAUCACAGUCAAUGGUUCGGAGUUCCAGGAGGUUUAUGUUGGUGCUGGUCCUGCAAGGAUAAGGGAUGUGUUUGCCACAGCUCGCAAGAUCGCCCCUUGCAUCGUCUACAUCGAUGAGAUCGAUGCAGUCGGCAGGAAGAGGGGAAAAGGAAACUUUGGCACCCAGAGCGAACAGGAAAACACUCUGAACCAGUUGCUUGUGGAAAUGGAUGGGUUUAAUAGUAGCACUAACGUCGUGGUGUUAGCUGGCACCAAUCGAGCUGAUGUCCUCGAUCCUGCUCUGACGAGACCAGGACGCUUUGACCGACAUAUAUAUCUGGGUCUGCCUGACAAAAAAGACAGRGCGUCCAUCUUUAAAGUGCAUCUGAGACCUUUGAAGUUGGACCCCAGGUUAAAUUUAGAAGCAUUAUCCAGAAAAUUAGCUACACUGACUCCAGGUUUUACUGGAGCUGAAAUAGCUAAUGUUUGUAAUGAAGCAGCACUACGAGCUGCACGCCACCUGGACCAGUGCGUCGACUCUGAGCACUUUGAGCAGGCAGUGGAGAGGGUCGUUGGUGGUCUGGAGAAAAAGACUCAGGUGCUGCAGCUACUAGAAAAGACCACCGUGGCGUAUCGUGAGGCAGGUCACGCUGUAGUCGGCUGGUUUCUCGAGCACGCAGACCCACUGCUGAAGGUUUCCAUCRUUCCUCGAGGAAAAGGUUUGGGUUUUGCUCAGAACCUACCUAAGGAACAGUACCUGAUGACCCAGGAGCAGCUGUUUGACAGAAUGUGCGUGAUGCUGGGCGGUCGAGUGGCUGAGCAGGUUUUCUUUAGUCAGAUCACCACCGGAGGACAAGAUGAUCUCAGGAAGGUCACACAGUCAGCAUAUGCACAAGUUGUCCAGUUUGGAAUGAAUGAGGCUGUGGGUCAGGUUUCCUUUGACUUCCCCCAGGAGGAAAAUACAAUUACAGAGAAGCCCUAUAGUGAGUCUGCAGCGCAGCUUAUAGACCAGGAAGUCCGCUCGCUCGUGGACACUGCCUUCCAACGGACACUUCAGCUUGUUGUUGACAAGAAAGAAAUGGUGGAAAAGGUGGCGAAACAUCUCCUGGAAAAAGAGUCCCUUGACAGAACUGAUAUGGAGGAGCUUCUAGGGCCUCGACACUUUCAGGGGAGGAGCUCAUACGAGGAGUUUGUUGAAGAUUUGGAAGAAUUUGAAAACAAAAGCAAAAGCACAAAAGAAAACCUGCAAGCUGAACUAAAGAAAUCUGCUCCUUACUUAUAGGCAGAUAUACAGGAAACAUUUUUGGACUUUGCAACUAUUUCACUCAUGUGAAUUGGAAGAAAAAAACAGUUGAUUUUUCUCAAGUUUUUAAUAUUUAAUGAAAUAUUGACUAUAUUAUAGAAACUUUAUUUUUUACACUGGUUGGUGAUUGUGUAUAUACAGCRGGUAAAAUAAGUAUUGAACAGUCACCAUUUUUCUCAGUAAAUAUGUUACUAGAGGUGCUAAUGACAUGAAAU